AAUGGUGGCCCGAAGUUUGCUGGAUACAUUGAAAGCAGUUAGCGAGGAUGAGAGGGAUUGUAUUGCUGUACUGGAGAGAGUAAGCAGGCUUGCUGAUGACUCGGAGUCCACAGUUCGAGCAGAGCUUAUGGAACAAAUUCCUCAUAUUGCCAUUUUCUGCCAAGAGAACAGACCUUCCAUUCCAUUUGCAUUUUCAAAAUAUUUGCUGCCCAUUGUAGUGAGAUACUUGGCUGACCAGAACAAUCUGGUUAGGAAGACCAGCCAGGCAGCCCUCCUCAUGCUUCUAGAGCAGGAGCUGAUAGAACGAACAGACAUUGAGAAUCUGGUCUGUCCUGUCCUUGUGGACCUUACUGCUCCUGACAGCAAUGAUGAUGUCAAAACUGAGGCUAUGGCAAUCAUUUGUAAAAUGUCACCAAUGGUGGGGAAGGAUAUCACAGAACGCCUCUUCCUUUCACGUUUCUGUGAGAUGUGCUGUGACUGUAGGAUGUUCCAUGUGCGUAAGGUGUGUGCAGCAAAUUUCGGGGAUAUUUGUAGUGUUGUUGGGGGAGAAGCAACAGAAGAGUUACUGCUGCCACGGUUUUUCCAGCUCUGCUCGGAUAAUGUGUGGGGAGUACGGAAGGCCUGCGCAGAAUGCUUCAUGACCGUGUCCUCUGCAACCUCUCAGGAAGUGCGCAGGACCAAACUCGCAUCUCUUUUCAUCAACCUCAUCAGUGACCCCUCCCGCUGGGUGCGCCAGGCUGCGUUCCAGUCUCUGGGCCAAUUCAUCUCCACUUUUGCCAGCCCAUCCACUAAUGUAGGCCAGUACUUCAAAGAGGGGACAGAGGACACCAACUGGAACCAGCAAUCACACAACCAGGAUGGUGAGAGAGCCCCAAGAACUACCACACAUGCUGCAGACUGCUCUCCCACCCCUUCCACAGAAGACAGUGCUAAGAGCCUUCCACAAGGGGAGACAGCAGUCUCCCACCAGCAGGACUGCACUUUCCAGAAUUCUCCAUGCACUCAGGAGCACUGCGAGGGCCAGCUGUGCAGGCCGGCCCGGGACGCUGUGGAUGUGGCUGUGGAGGGUGGAGGGGAGCAGGUUGCUGAAGCUUUGCCUCUGGACGAGUCCUGCUGUGGUGUCGACUCAGACAGACCUAGUUCCAAGUGCCUUCUUGUGCCAAGUGAUCCAGACCCAGAUCCAACAGGGGAGGAAUAUACAUUUUUGCCAGAAGCAAGCCCAGCAGUACAGGAAAGCUUCUCGUUAGAAAUCCCAGUGGCAGAAAAUCCCACACACUCACCUGAGGGUACCACUGUGGAGGUCCCUGAGCAGAGUGCCUCUGUCGGCAGUACAGAUGUUACCUGCACAACACUACCACGACCAGAAGCAGUGAAAGUGGAGAUUCCAGAGCAGGAGCUAUAUAACUCAUUCCACUACUGGAGGACACCCAUCCUGCAGAUAGACCUCGAUCUGGAGCUGUUGGAGGCAAAGUGCAACAGUAGCAGUGAGGCUUCUGUCAACAGCUCCUGUACCCAGGUUUCCACACCUACUUUGGGCAGGAAGCAGCUAGAAGAGCUCAUUGAGAACCUAGAGCCUCACAUUGAUGACCCUGAUGUCAAAGCACAAGUAGAUGUGUUGACUGCUGCUCUGAGAGCCACUUCGUUAGACACUCAUCAUGAUGAGGCAUUUCUGGAACCUCGGCAGGCCCAGAACAACCCCUACAGUUCCUGCCACGUCCCUCUCAUAGAGGCUUCUGAUGUAGAGAGCCAGGAAUCCACUCUUCCAAUGAGUCAUGUUGAUGAAUCAGAGUUAAGUGACAGCAGUAUGAGUCCAGAAGAUGAGAGAAAAUCCAAGCAACAGGAUGUGGUUCCUCAGGUACUUUUGGAUCAGUACCUGUCUAUGACAGACCCAUCCCGGGCUCAGACAGUGGAUAUGGAGAUUGCCAAGCACUGUGCUUACAGCCUGCCAGGGGUGGCCCUUACUUUGGGCCGCCAGAACUGGCACUGCCUCAGAGACACUUUCGAGACGCUGGCCUCUGACAUGCAGUGGAAGGUGCGGCGGACACUGGCUUUCUCCAUCCAUGAGUUGGCACUGAUUUUGGGUGACCAGCUGACUGCUGAGGAUCUGGUGCCCAUCUUCAAUGGCUUUCUUAAGGACCUGGAUGAGGUGCGCAUAGGAGUGCUCCGACACCUCUACGACUUUCUCAAGUUGCUGCAUCAGGAAACUAGGCGCAAAUACCUAUACCAGCUUCAGGAGUUCCUGGUCACAGAUAACAGCCGCAACUGGAGAUUCAGAUCUGAGCUGGCUGAGUAUGACACGUUAUUGUGCAGUGAUGUUAUCUGUAUCAAGGCUGUUUUAUUGUAUAAAUUUGUUGCUUUUUUUUAUUUUUUAUUUUUUUUCCUGACAGACAGCUGGUCCUACUGUUGGAGCUGUAUAGUGGGCAGGAUGUGUAUGAUUAUUUGCGGCCUCUAGCAUUCUGCCUCUGCACAGACAGAGUCUCCUCUGUGCGGUGGACUUCCUAUAGACUGGUCAGUGAGAUUAUCCGUAAGCUUUCCACAUGCCCUGUGCUGUUGGUGGAUUUCCUUGGCGAGUUGGUGGAUAAAUUCUGUCACUCUCCAAAA